AGCGCUCAUAUGUAACUGGACACAGUGACUCCGUUUGAGGAAGAUUGCUUAUCUCUCUCCUCCUCUCCCGUCCACAACUCGGCUGAGCUGAGAAAUCUAUCCAACCUAUCCAAACGACCCCCAAGAGUUACUCUCCGCCGGGAUGUGUUUUAAUACGCGUUGAUGGACUUAAAUGAAUCUGAGACCACUGCGAAUCCCCUUAACGGUUACUUGAAGUAUUUGUCGUGCGCCAUUCCGAUGAAUGCUGCGCCAAGAGCAGCGCUGCGUAAAGUCGAACAGCUCGUGUGGACACCAGACGAUACCUACUCGGCGGCGUCUGUAAGAGCGAUAGAAAAGGACUGAAUGUGAAAGAGUCCCGGAGUGUUAUUUGGAAAAGAAACCUGCUUUAGUGAAACGCAAAAGUUUAAAGAAAAGUUGGGACGAAGAGAAAACGUCGUGCUCUCCAAACGAAUGCGCGCUUUCUGCGCAUACAUCGCUUUAAUUAAUCCAUCUGGUGGGAAAUUAGAAGAAAUUAGAGAGAAGAAGAAUCAGUCAAAGGCAUGUGAAUAUCUUUCUGCAACUACUCUCUUGGUAAAUAACUUGUUGAAUGAACAGUUCGUCCCAGGAGCACAUUUAAAUGAUGCUGCUCUUGGCAAAAAAACACAACUGACAGGAGAUCAAGCAAAGGCAUCUGACAGCCACUGACUUAUGAGGAGUGUCACUCCUCUCUGCUCAUCAUAUCUGACCGUUACUUGACCCUUUCAUCAGCGUUCAACACUUGUGAGGGAGCUCACUUGUUGACACACCUCAUCAGCCAGGCAGAAGUGGUGGCAAUCGAAGAUAAAAUAACUGAAUGGGGGCUAAUCGUUACCCGAAGCCGCUGACACAAAAGUAGCAACAUGUUGCCACAGUUCCCAAAUCCUCCACUACAAAGCUGCAGUUAAGUUAGAAAAUUCUCUGUCUUAUCAUCAUUUCUGUGACGAAGCAGCAAAAGACAAAAAAAGAAAAGAAAAAUUCCGCAGAAACCAUACAAAACAAGAUCAACAAUGCUUUGGCCCAUACUGUUCACUCUGCAAGCUGUCUGCGCCAGUGUGGCACAUGCUAUGCAACAUUACCCGGCGGCCUGGGGACACUAUGACGUGUGCAAGUCCCAGAUCUAUACAGAGGAGGGCCUGGCAUGGGACUACAUGGCCUGUCAGCCUGAAGCAACCGACAUGACAAAGUACCUGCGAGUGGCCCUCGACCCCCCAAAUAUCACGUGUGGAGAUCCGCCAGAAACGUACUGCGCUUUGGAAAAUCCUUAUAUGUGCAACAAUGAAUGUGAUGCCACCACCGAGGAGCUGGCUCAUCCUCCUGAGUUGAUGUUUGACUUUGAAGGUCGUAACCCCACAACUUUUUGGCAAUCCACCUCAUGGAAGAAAUACCCAAAACCCCUGCAGGUCAACAUCACACUGUCGUGGAACAAGACCAUUGAGCUGACUGACGACAUCGUGCUGACCUUUGAGUCAGGCCGACCAGAGCAGAUGGUCCUGGAGAAGUCGCUCGACUAUGGCCGAACCUGGACCCCAUACCAGUUCUAUGCCACCGAUUGCCUGGACGCCUUCACCAUGGAACCCAAGACAGUGAAUGAUCUCACCCAGCGCACCCUGCUGGAUAUCAUCUGCACUGAGGACUACUCCAGAGGCUAUGUGUGGAAGAACGACAAGACAGUACGUUUUGAGAUAAAGGACCGCUUUGCCCUGUUUGCCGGGCCUCGACUACACAACAUGGCCUCGCUGUAUGGCCAGCUGGAUACCACCAAGAACUUAAGGGACUUCUUCACCAUCACUGAUCUGAGGAUUAGGUUGCUGAAGCCAGCCACUGGAGCCACCAUGGUGGAUGAGAACAACCUGUCCAGAUAUUUCUACGCUAUCUCCGACAUCAAGGUGCAGGGCAGGUGCAAGUGCAACCUGCAUGCCAACAGCUGUGUGUUUGACAAGGGAAAGCUGGGCUGUGAGUGUGAACACAACACCACAGGGCCAGACUGCAGUCGCUGUAAGAGGCACUACCAUGGAAGAGCCUGGAGUGUGGGCUCCUACCUCCCGAUACCCAAAGGAACUGCAAAUAUAUGUAUCCCCAGUAAUCACGGACCAGUGCAUCGAGCAAAUGCCUCAUCUCUUGGUGUUGCAAAUCGUAACCAAGCUCGGGUGUGUGACAACGCGAUGCUGCGCUGUCAGAACGGUGGCACGUGCCAUCACCAUCAGCGGUGCCAUUGUUCCCCUGGCUUCACGGGCGUCCUGUGCGAGAGAGCUCGCUGCCAGGGCCCCGGGGAGUGUGAUGACCAAUUGUCUGGACGGGCCUCCGUCCAUCAUCCCCCGAUCGGCUGCCAGCUUGCUCUUGCCCUCGUAGUGCUCCAGCUAUUGAUUGUUUCCCUUUGCUGAGAGACCUGAACAGCCUCCCAUCCUCAACCAAACCCUAAGACCACAUAUGAUGAGACUGAACUCUCAACCUUAAGGAAAUGAAGGACAAAGAACGUGUGGACAAUGUGCUCAGCAUACAAAUAUAAGCAACACUUUUGUAUAUCCAAGGCCACAGUAAUGGGUGACUAACAGGUUGUGCGCUGAUCUGCUAUACUGAAUGGUAGAAGGAUUUAUGAAAGGCUUGGUGAAGUCACUGCUGUCUUAUAAUGGCACAGAGGAAACGGUUGGAGUCCUGGCUUUGUGAGUAUGUCAUUGGCUGAUACUUCAUUAAAGGCAGACUGGAGACUCAGAUAGAGCUACCCACACUCUGAGAGCAAACUGUACAAAACUAGACACAUGAUUUCUAAGUAUCAUCUGAAGUUAUUAAAAAAUAAUAAUGUGGACGGGGACAUCUUGAAACAUCUUGCCUCACUGCCUCCUUCCUUACUCAUUACCUUCGUCCUCUCUCCUCUCUCCCUUUUCCCUCACUCCUCCCUUUUCCACCUCACUUUCUCCUUCCUGUGCUUUGGUGACUCUGGUGAUUUUUCUUUGCUGAAGGGUGUCUGUUGUUUUGCCAAAAGCUGCACAUGUAUUAUUAUCAAGCCCCUUGACAAGUACAAAUCUAGUCCUUUUUUUUUCCUUUCUCAGAGGCUUUGUAGUCAUGCUUGAGCUCACCUGUACGGGAAAAAAAAGUUGUAACAUACUGUAACUGUAUUUAAUUUUUGUAUAAAACAGAUAUUUUCAUGACUACGCAAAAGAAAAAGAUGUAUUACUUGUUUUCUAUUGCUGCCGACCUGUCCUAGAUGUGGACUAUGAGUGCGUAAGGAGUUUGGUUGUAUUAUUUCUUUGCUUGUGUGGCACAUGGUUCUCUUCAUCUGAGAGCUGCUGUCAAAACUAUGUUUACAUACACACUUACACAAUACACUUCCACCAAAGGGAAAAAGAAAAACAUGUCUUUGUCUUGUUGUUGAACAGUAGUAAUUUUAUUUAGUAGUAACCUGACAUUUGAGACAAGAUGUGUAGAGUAAAACAUUGUAUUGUUUGUAGAUACAAGCCAAUGACAAUAGCUGAAUGUCAUUUUAAAGGAUUUUUGAAAGCUAUCAAUGCCAACCUUUGACCAACUCACUGAAGCAACAGUUGCUGGUAACAAUAUAUCAGUCAACAAAUAACUUCCUGGUUCUAUGACUAAGGUUGUUUUUAUCGAUGUGCUGUGACCCGUCCCUCUUGUGCUCAUGAAAUGUGGGAGAAUCAGAAGAAUCUCAAGCCAAAAUCCCAUCAGCUUUAUGUAAAUUUAACAAGAAGACUUGGGGGAAAAAAGGAGAUUGCACGGCUGUCACAGAGGUUGUCCAGCUCAAAUCUGUAAUCAGAUCUAAUCCCUGAAUCAAAUGGGUAGAGGGGAAGGUUUUCUGAGCUGGUACGGUUGAAAGCCUGCAUCCUGCUGCGGGAGCCUCCGUGAAGCGACACGUUCAGGAAAUGAGCUUUAAUUCAUGGAGGGUCAAUGAUUAGAAAUGAAGUCGCAUCCCACUGGGUGACAUAUUGAGCACUGAGACCAAUUUCAUUUGAGAGAUUAAUUUUCCUCCCAAGGUUGUAAUAAAACAACUAAUUGUGUUAGAGUCUACUGUAAGUGCCUCUAAUUAAAUGACACUGUCAAUUAAAAGAGUAGCAAAUGCCUUUUUUGAGAGAGACUCUUGCCUUGGAAAGCAACUUUUGGAGGCGAGAGGUAUUUGAACUGGGUUAUUAAACUGUGAAAAAUAACUGGAGAGGAAUAGAUAUUAUUUAUUCAGCAAAUAAUACAUUUUGGGAAGAAAAAACAACAGCUCAUGGUCAGAAUAAAUCUGCUGGAGGAAACACAAGAAGCAACUAUAUGACUGUCAAUUUCAGCCACAAAAUAAAUCAACAACAUGAGUGAAUUCUUGAAAAACUGACCAUUUACUUAACUUGUCCCCUUAACAGGGGUUGUCCAAUCAUAACAGUGUGAGCAUUGGGCUAUUAUAAGAGUAAUAACUGGAGGAUGUCUUUUUAAUGACCUUCAGAAGACCAAAAACACGAGAGCAAAAGUCUAAGUAAUGGAUUAAUACUGUGUUAUCUGCUCUGACAUAGUGAACAUUAGCAUGUCCAGCUAACUCACUUAGUACAAACUGUAGCAGUAAAGUGUUACUUUCAAGGCCAAGGAAUAUUUCAUAUUUGGAUGGGUUUUAAAAAAUGUUCUCAAUAGCACAUCCACUGUAUCAUUUUCCAUUCCCUAAUGUGUAAAGCCAGUCCUUGCUUAAAAAUACAUACAAUAAAUCUUCUGACCUCUGUCUUGCUUGUCCAAGUACGUAGCUAAUAAGUAAUAAGCAAAUCAGCUAAACAGGGUUAGUUUUUGUUAGAAUUCAAGUGUCUGAUCUUACAUGUGUCCUUAUCAUACUAGGAAAACUACAGCUACACUGCAAUACAAUGGUGUUUAUUUUCAUGAUUCAUUUUCAUCUCUUGGCACAAUAUCAUGUCAUCAACUUUAUAUUAAUAUUAAAUAUUUCAAGUUUA